AUGCAGGUGAAAAAACAGAGGAGCUCCGAGGACCCUCAGCGGGAUGAUAUUAAGAAAAAGCCCUCGUGUUUCUCGAAUAUUAAGAUAUUUUUAGUGGCCGAAUGUGCUCUGAUGUUGGCACAGGGCACAGUGGGGGCAUACUUGGUAAGUGUGUUGACCACGUUGGAGCGGCGCUUCAAUCUUCAGAGCGCUGAUGUUGGUGUCAUCGCAAGCAGCUUUGAGAUCGGCAACCUGGCCCUCAUUCUCUUCGUUAGUUAUUUUGGUGCUAAAGCCCACCGUCCUCGUUUAAUUGGCUGCGGAGGCAUUGUCAUGGCUUUGGGAGCCUUGCUUUCUGCAUUACCAGAAUUCCUCGCCAGUCAAUACAAGAUCACAGACACUUGGAGCAAAGAUCAGGGCCGAGAUGUUUGCUCCAACACCUCAAAAGCUGAUGAACCAUGUGGAAACAGAGCAAACACCAACAUGAUGUACCUGCUUCUGAUUGGAGCACAGGUGUUGCUGGGAAUCGGCGCGACACCCGUUCAGCCCCUGGGUGUUUCCUACAUAGACGAUCACGUGCGGAAGAAAGAUUCUUCGCUCUAUAUCGGUAUCCUCUUUUCCACAUUGGUGUUUGGACCUGCAUGUGGUUUCAUCCUGGGAUCUGUCUGUACCAACUUUUAUGUGGAUGCUUUGUUCAUCGACACAACUCAGCUGAACAUCACCCCCGAUGACCCGCGCUGGAUUGGUGCAUGGUGGGGCGGAUUCCUCAUCUGCGGUGCCUUACUCUUCUUCUCGGCCCUCUUCAUGUUUGGUUUCCCUCAAUCCCUGCCCAGCAAGGAGAUGGAAGGAGUGCCUGAAAGUGAACAGGCCAUGCUGCCCGCGUCUUUAUCACAGGAUUUUGAGAAAUCCAAGCCCAGCAAUGGAGUCGUGCAGAACUACCAGCCCAACAGCAACAGUCUGUCCUGCUGCCAGCAGCUCAGAGUUAUUCCCAAGGUGACCAAGCACCUGCUGUCAAACCCAGUGUUCACUUGCAUCGUCUUGGCCGCCUGUAUGGAGAUUGCGGUUGUUGCUGGCUUUGCUGCUUUCCUGGGCAAAUACCUGGAGCAGCAGUUCAACCUCACCACCUCUUCUGCUAACCAGCUGCUGGGCAUGACGGCGAUCCCAUGUGCCUGUCUGGGCAUAUUUCUGGGAGGUUUGCUGGUGAAGAAGCUGAAUCUGUCUGCUCUGGGAGCCAUUCGGAUGGCCAUGCUGGUCAAUCUGAUCUCCACCGCCUGCUACGUGUCUUUCCUCUUCCUGGGCUGUGACACGGGUCCUGUCGCCGGGGUGACCGUCGCCUAUGGCAACGAGACACUGCAAGUAGGCCAGACACCGGAAGCCCCCUGCAUGAGUCAUUGUAACUGCUACACUUCAUCCGUCAGCCCGGUUUGUGGCUCCAACGGUGUGACCUACUUGUCCUCAUGUUUCGCCGGCUGCACCAGAGCCAUCAGUACCGGACUACCAGCUCCGCUCUCUCAGAACCUGUCAGGAUGUGCAUGUAUUUCCGGAUACAAUGACUUUGCCACAGCUGUGCCAGGCAAGUGCCCGCGGCCAGGCUGCCAGGAGGCCUUUCUCACCUUCCUGUGUGUGAUCUGUGGCUGCAGUAUGAUCGGGGCAAUGGCCCAAACCCCAUCUGUCAUCAUACUCAUCAGAACUGUCAGCCCAGAGCUGAAGUCAUACGCCCUUGGAGUUCUUUUUCUGUUGCUGAGACUCUUAGGGUUCAUUCCCCCUCCUUUGAUAUUUGGUGCUGGGAUCGACUCCACAUGUCUUUUCUGGAGUGCCGAAUGCGGGGUCAAAGGUGCCUGUCUGCUGUACGAUAACGUGACCUACCGGCACCUGUACAUCAGCAUGGCUAUCGUCCUCAAAAUCAUGGCGUUCCUCCUCUACACCACCACCUGGCAUUGCCUGCGCAGAAACUACAAGAAAUACAUCAAAAACAUUGAGGGCUACCUCACCCCCACUGAAGUGUUCUCGUCCAGCAUGAACCUGGACAGUCUCGGAAAGGACAGCAGUCAAAGUCAAGUCAACAGGACUAAAUUUAUAUACAACCUGGAGGAUCACGAGUGGUGCGAAAACAUGGAGUCCGUUUUAUAG